AUGGCACACAACCAGGAGACUCUAGCCAAGACCCCUGUCAUCAAAUUCAAGGGCCAAGACUUCAACUUCUUGCGGGAUCAUUGCCUAAGCAGAGGUCUGCUGUUUGAGGAUGAGACCUUCCCUGCGGAGACUUCCUCCAUAGGUCUGCAGCUGCUCCAGGGAAAAAACCUCUCCAGACUGAUGUGGAGACGGCCAAAGGAUAUAUUAGAGGGUAAAUCAGAACCUCACUUCAUCCUGGAAGGUGCAAGCAGAUUUGACAUCCAACAAGGAGAGGCCGGAGAUUGCUGGUUCCUGGCAGCACUGGGCUCCUUGACACAAAACCCACAGCACCUGCAGAAUAUCCUGAUGGACCAAAGCUUUUCAUGCCACUACGCAGGGAUCUUCCGUUUCCGGUUUUGGCAGUGUGGCCAGUGGGUUGAAGUGGUGGUUGAUGAUCGCCUGCCUAUCCUCAACAGGGAAUAUCUCUUUGUGCAUCCUCGCAACAACAACCAAGAGUUUUGGCCCUGCCUGCUGGAGAAAGCUUAUGCCAAGUUUCGUGGGUCCUAUCUCAACCUGCACUACGGCUUCCUUCCUGAUGCCCUGGUGGACCUCACAGGAGGGGUGGUCACCAGCAUCAACCUGCACUCCUUUCCUUCUGACCUGGUGAUGAUGCUGAAGACAGCAGCCAAGGCAGGCUCCCUGGUGACCUGCGGCACCCCGGCCUCGCCAACAGGUGAGGCCAGGAGAAUGGAAAAUGGCCUGGUGAGUCAGCAUGCCUACACAGUGACCGGAGCCGAGCGGAUUCAGUACCGGGGGAGCUGGGAGGAUCUUAUCCGCCUGUGGAACCCCUGGGGCAACACGGAAUGGAGAGGGCGCUGGGCAGACGGGUCGCCAGAAUGGCAGGAAACCCACCACCAAUGGAGAAGACUGCUGUAUGAGAAUAAGGACGAUGGCGAGUUUUGGAUGUCAUGUCAAGAUUUCCAAGACAACUUUUCCUGCCUAUACGUAUGUAACCAAUUUCCAGUCAGUCUAAACCAUGGAAACAUGCCUCCUGAAAGAUGGUCCCAAAUGAUGUUUAAGAACCACGCAGUUCCAGGAAACACCACAGGUAGUGAUGACAUUGAACUUCUGAGGGACACGCAGUUCAUCUUCUCUGUGCCAGAGAGUAUGGAAGACAACAAUGUCGUCAUGUCCUUCAACAUCAUGCCGCAAAAUUUAAAGGCAAAAGAUGAGAAAUUUCCACUCACCUUCAAGGUAUUCAAGGUCGACCCUCAGUUCCAGCCCUUCUGGAAGAGGUUGCCACCCACCUUCUUUUCUCAAUACAGAAACGCUGUCAAGGGCAUAGUUUCUAAAACCAAGUGCAACCUCACAAAGUACUUCAGUCUGAUCCCUGGGACCUACGUGGUGGUCAUCGCCACAUACAGAGAAGUUGAGUUUUUGCUCCGGAUCUUCCUGAAAAUGCCAGAUGGUGACAGGAACCCGAGCAGCAAUUUCAGCCUUACAACACUAAAGGCAAGUCUUCCGGAAAAUGGCUCCCAAGGAAGCAUCUUCCACAAAUACGCUCACCAGGGGCUGGACAUUGAUGCAACCCAGCUUCAGAGCCUUCUCAACCAAGAGCUCCUGAGAGGAACUCCAGGGGACACCUUCUCUUUGGAUGAGUGCCAGAGCAUCGUGGCCCUGAUGGAUCUCAAAGCGAAUGGGAGGCUUGAGCAAGAGGAGUUUUCAAGGCUGUGGAGCCGUCUCGUCCAGUGCCAGAAUGUUUUCCAGAACAUCCAGAAACGUUCCGGAGUUUUCCUGAGUGUGAAUUUGUGGAAGGCUAUAAAGGAUGCAGACUUCCUUGCAGGGACCUCCGUCAGCAACGAGCUUCUGGAUCUCAUGACCCUCCGGUACAGUGAUCACAGUGGCAGGGUCAGCUUCCCCAGCCUGGUCUGCUUCCUGUUACGACUGGAAGCCAUGGCAAAGACUUUCCAGAACCUCUCCAAUGAUGGAAAAGGACUCUACCUGACAAAAAUGGAGUGGAUGAACCUGGUCAUGUACAAUUGA